CGUAGAGUCCUCGGCAGGUUCAAAAUUGCAAUCAAAAAUACUUUUUAGAUUAGAGCGUCUAUUCGCGCGGCAAAGGAACAGAAUACAUACAUGAGCUUCGGUAAGUGAGCCGUUUUUAUAGUAAUAGCUGAUGUGUGCGAGGACACCUAACGCUGAUCUUUCUUUGAAUUUUGAAUACGCUCAGCGAGCGAUUUUGGAGUGAAAUGCUUUCUCUUUUAAAAUUCGUAAUGCUACUAAUGAAGGUAUUCAUGGCUGAUGUCCUAUAUGAUGAAGACUUCAAACUCGCGCGAAAGUGGAUUGCUUAGUAAUCGUGAAAAAUUGAGAUUUCAAGGAUUAUUUCAGUUUAUGAAUUAACUUUUUUCUACUUCUUACUAUAAUGUGCUAGUAAUAAAACUUAGGCCCUCUUGUCAGUUGCGCAAUGAGACGUUGUUACCACCACCCCACCCCCAGGUGCAGGAGUUCGUGCAUAUAUAUAUAUAUCUAUAAAAGUAAGACUGGAAAGUGAAUUACGCAUCACAGACUUGGUUUUAAGACACAAACCUACAUUUUGAACACGUAUUGGACUUUUUUAUAAUUUUUUUUUAACUGAGUUGAGUGAAGGAACUAAGGGAAAUGCUUGCUAUUCAUAAUUUGAAUUUUUUUAAAGCUUGAUGAUCCUUUCUUCCAGAAAAUUAACGCAUUCGAAAUGUGGAAUAUAUGCACACAGCAUAAGAUGCUCAAGCAAGCAAAGAAUCUGAGGAGAAUUGCAAGGUUGAUAUCAAGAAGUGCACUUGGACCUGGGCCAGCUGGUCUCAAUAAUUUACAGGAUAGACUAUUUCAAGUCUACCCAGAGGUUGCUGAGGCAAUUGUCAGUAAAAGGCCAGUUGUUGCAUUAGAAUCAACUAUUAUAACACAUGGAAUGCCUUAUCCUGAAAAUUUAAGGUAUGUUAAUGCUAACAAAACUCCCUUACUGUGAAGAAAAAAAGGGUUCAUCAAGGAUGGUUGGGAUCAACACCAGUAUCUGAGCGACUGCAGCCUACCUCUCCCCUAACCCAACAAAGGUCACCUGAUAACAAGCUAGAAAUAAAGAUGGGUUAGGGGAGGGGUACUGAGAUAUCCAGUUGCUCAGAUACUGACAUUGAUCUGUUGGUUAAUUAUAACAGCUUCGCCAAUUCUUUAUUCCAAGCAAAUACCAUGCAUGUAAUUCCAUUCACCCUUAUGCGCAAAAGAACUAAAUAUAGAUUCCCCAUACCUGGCUUUUUGUAGCCAUAUCUCAUCAUUUUAGGUCCAAUAAUAUAAUGUUUUAUCAAAAAAUAACCAGUCUAAGAUGAUACUUUUCUUCAAUCUUGUUACCAUUCUGCUUGACAUUGUAAAAAUGUUGCAAGUAGAAAUUACUUAUCGAUCACUUUUGGGAGUUAACUGAGCAAUCGUAAAUUAGUGCUUACCUCUGAGUAGAGAGGGCAUUAUGAAAAUAGCUAGUCAAUUAGCCAGUCAAUGUUAGUGUCACUCUUGGUGGGUUAAUAACGAUCUGAAAGUAAACACAAAUUGUUUUCAAAAUUGAACUUUUUUACAUUCUCUGGUGCAAACUGAUUGUCAAAACACCAUUGGAGCCAUCUGAGGUCAUUCUACAUUUUAGAGUAUUCUAUCAUGAUUCUAGUGGAUAUUCUGUCUCAUAGUCUGUGCUUUAGGAUAUUCUGUCUCUGUGGUUCACUGCCAUUCUGACUUUCUGUCAAAUAGGGUCACCCCUCACUGUAGACUUUUCAUCUUUCCAUGGAAUCUCAAUUAAAAGAAAUUGAUUAUCUUUGAAUUUUUUUUUCUACACAGAAUUGCUAAGGAAGUUGAAAAAAUUGUGAAAAAUAAUGGAGCAAUACCAGCCACUAUAGCAGUUAUUUCUGGCAAAAUCCAUGUAGGUGGGUGUGAUCCUAUAUUUCAUUUUACCUUUUCUUUUCUUGAGGCAUUGUUGGAAAAAAAUUAUGAGAUUAGUAUUCAAAGUCAAUAGGAGCAGAUGAUAAUUCAAGAAUUUUAUGUCAGUGAUUACCAAUGUGAACUCUUGUUUGCCUGAAAAAAACAAGGAAGAGUUAAGAUUCCAUUUGAGGUUGCUGUUUAGUAAACCAUUCAAUUAAUGUUUUACACUAUUUAAUUUCAAACAAAACUUUUUUUAUUAUAUAGUGGCCAGCUGUAGACUUUUUUGACAUAAAAAAUUGAAAAGAAGAAAAAAUUGUCCAUAGGUUUGUCAGAAGCAAACUUGGAGAGGUUAGCUCAGGAUACUGAUGCUGUAAAAACAUCCAGGAGAGAUUUGCCCCAUGUUAUCAGCAAGGUGAUGUAUAUAUUUCAAUUUUUCAUUAUUUUAUUUUCAACUACGGUUCUUAAUAAAUUUUCCACUGAGGAUCUUUCCUGAGAUCUGGGGGUAAUAUCUAUUUUGAAUCUGAGAAUACAUGAAUUAACAAGUCUCUUCUUAGCAGACUAGUAAUCAUUGCUGGUGGCAGUCUGUGUUCUGAGUUAGCAUUAUAAUGAAGUUAGAAGAUAUUACCCUUUACUUAUAAGUAUAAAUGGCUAAAUUACAGUAGCAUUGUGUUAAGAUUACUCUAGUGUUACUUUGCACAUUUCUCCUGCUCUUUUAAAUUUGUUAAUAAUGACUAAAAUUUACUCUGAAGGGCAAAGAAUUUGUUCUCUGAGAGUUUGGAAUGAUUGUAAAAGCAUGUUUCAAUGUUAACAUUGGGGAAGCCUUAAAAUUGCCUCUGAGGAUUGACAGCCUGAAUGCACAUAAAAAACUGUAAUUUCUUGUCAUGCAGGGUCUAACUGGAGGAACCACAGUAUCAAGUACUAUGAUUGCUGCAAAUGCCACAGGUAUCCCAGUCUUUGUUACAGGAGGAAUUGGUGGUGUUCAUAGAGGAGCACAAUCAAGUAAGUUCAAUCACUUAAUUGUUAAUGACAUUUGUUUAGCUUUGACAGCCAAUUAAAAUACAGUCUUGAUUUUUUCUGCCAAUACUGGGAUUGAUUGCUGAAUUUUAUGACUGACAUUGUAAACUUAGAUUUUUUUUUUCCAACGUUACAAAUUCUCUUGUGCUCUUUUGAGUGGGUACAUUCCAGAUUUUAGUCAUUCAGACAUUAUAAAACUCCCUGGUCCUCUGAAAUACAUCAUAAUAAUCAAUAAUACAUUGAUAAGUAAUUUUGAUGUUAAUUCAUCUCCCCUUGAGCAGCAUUUGAUAUCAGUGCUGACCUUACUGAGCUUGGUAAAACCCCAAUGGCAGUUGUUUGUGCUGGAGCUAAAUCUAUUCUGGACAUUGAAUUGACUCUUGAGUAUUUGGUAAGUGCAUCAGAAUUAAGUUAUGUGUAAUAAUGAGCACUGCAGUUAACAAUUAUUGACCCAGGUGGAGAUAAAUAUAUCCAGCAAUUUCACCAAUACUGGUGUGAAAAAUAUAUUUCUUUCUCUAUAUAUCACACAAGAAUCAAAAAAUAGGUUUGUUUCUGUCAAUGUACUUGAAAAUGGUUGCAAAUUAAACUCUUGCCCUACAUUACUGCUUGGAGGUGAAUAGCACAUGCCAAUCACUUCUAAGCUAUCCAAUCAAUACACAUGAAAAGUACUAUUUACCUGUGAAGUAUAUACCUAUUGUAUUUGAGAUUUGACUGCCAUUUAGUUGUUUCAGUGCCCCUUCGAUUACAUGCAGGGUUAGCUCUGAAACUUCAAUUAAUUAUGAUAAUUCAUCUCAUUGCAAGGCCAAUGUCAGUAAUAAGAAAGAAGUGUCAUAAAAGCUCUGCAGAGGUUUACUGAAGGAGAUUGUUACUCUGACUUAAUUCCUUGUUCCAUUCAAUGCACAAACAAAAUGUAAAUUGAAAAUGUAAAAAUACAAUUCUGUUCAAAGUUGGUUAUAGACUUAACUAUCUUGAGGGUCACAGUAUAUUUAACAUAAUUUUGUGCAGUUUUUAUUUUCUUCCAAUCUUUAACAGGGCUAAUUUGUAAAUUGUAUUGAAUGAUAAAUUUUGUAAUCGUUAUGGUAUGUAUAAUUUUUCACUAGGUAGGUAACUAGGUUGAAGCAGUUUGUGUUGAUUUCCUUCCUAUAGAAAAUUUUACUUUAUUUCUAACAAAUUUGUAUUUUGUUAUAGGAAACACAAGGUGUUCUUGUGGCUACAUAUGGAGACUCCUUAGACUUCCCAGCCUUCUUUACCCCAAAAAGUGGAUUUAAGGUAUGAAAUACAGUUGUAUUUGAUCUCCAAACAUUUUCAAAAUUUUUUCUGUAAAUAUUAGAUGUGUGACAGUCAAUAUUAAGUGUUUGAUUUUCAAUUAGCAUUACGUGUAAUGCUUAAGAUGACCACAGUAAUGACAUCAAUAGCAUUUCCUUUGCAAAUUCAGAAAGGUUGUAGUUAUAGGAACUUUCUAGACUUUUGUUAACAGAGUUGACAAGACUUGAAAGAGAAAUUUGCACUGUGAGCAUUUAAAGGAAACUAAAUUGAAAUCGAGAGUGACUAGUGUUGUACUAGUGUUGACUAGUGUUGUACUAGUGUUGACUAGUGUUGUACUAGUGUGGACUAGUGCUGUUGUUUCCAACAAAACUAUUCGGAUCAAUAUCAGUAUCUGGGCAACUGCCCACCUACCCCUCCCCUAACCCAACAUUAACUCUAACUUGUUAUCAAUUGACUGUUUUGAGUUAGGGGAGGGGUAGGUUGGCAGUUGCCCAGAUACUGAUAUUGAUCCAACUAUUCUAGAUAAGAUGAUUGCUUGGAAUGCUAUUGUUUAUUCUGCAUAUUUUGUUUGAUCUUGCUUUUUGCUAACUGUAUUUUUCUUCAUGCUGGUUUUUUACAGUCUGUUUGCAAUAUACAAACCCCAGAAGAGGCAGCUAAGUUAAUUGGUGAGUUUUUUUUGGUCUAAGCAAAGCAGCAAGAGUUUUUUGUGAGAUUCUUUGUUGAGGCUCACAUAAGCUCUUACCAUGGUGACCGAAACUGUCUCAGCUUCUAAGGCUAUAGAGGGUCUUUUAAGAGAGCCUCGAUUGUUUGAGGAUUUCUCAUUCGUUUCUGACUACUCUGCAGAUGCGAAUUUAUCACUAAAAUCUAGCAGUGGAAUAGUUUUAGCUGUCCCAAUCUCCAAAGAGGAAGCCGCAUCUGGGGAAAUCAUCGAGAAAGCUAUCCAAAAGGCUUUGCAGGAAGCCAGGUAUUUAUCAUUAGUAAUGAACAAGGUAAUAAUGAUCCUUCGUGUUAAAUCAAUUUUUGAUUUUGUUCCAUAAGUUAUUGUAUUUCACCAUAUUUUACAUAGUUCUGUGUCUGUUCAUCAUAUUGCUCCUACGGCUCCGUACACGCUUCUAGUUCUCUUAAAAAAUAUCAGUAGCCAUAUGCAAUAGCCACAUGCAGUAUCAGAUGUAGCCCUCCGGCUCGGCGUUUGGCCUCAAAAUAUUUGAAGAUGAAGAAAAAUAAGAAAUUCAAGAAGGGAGACAGAAAGGGAGAGAGCGGCGGUCUUAUGGUAAAUACUUAUUGAUUGAGUUGGUCGGAACGAACGUUUUCGGUUGCACUUGGUCUGUACGUCAGGACCUCGAGCCAAAUAUUUUAAAUUUCUUUCCCGCCCUCCCGUUCGAUUAAGAAGUACUCCCUAUGGAGUACACAAAUAUUAUGAUUUUUAUGUUUUUGUCGUAGUGAUUCUGGUAUUAAAAGUAAAGAAGUGACACCCUUUUUGCUCAAGAGAGUGAAUGAACUUACGAAGGGUCAAUCUCUUCAAGCCAGUAUCCUUUUUCAACUUGCUCUUGUUAUCUACCGUUCAUUUGUUUGAAUUUGCCCAAGAGAACUUUUUCUUCAAAGUUUUUCUUAAAUUAUUACCACGAAGAAAGGUCGAAAAAAUUUACUGUGAAUUUCAAGGAAGAGUUUGUCAGACAUUGUCAGUUAAGCAGCUCAAAAUGAAGGUUAUACGUUUAUUUGCUGCGUCACUGGGCAAGGGAAAUGAAUAGUUCGUGCUUUAUAAUUUAAGAUGAUGUUAAUCUGUGAAUGACACAGGCGUACACGAAAAUAAAAACAAACAAAAUUCCGAGUUGUCCCAGUAGUUAGCAAACCAACGACCCUCCUAUUAGUACUUCGGAUGCUUUACCACUGAGCUGUCGGAGACUCGUGAUGGAAGUUUCAUGGAAGUUUGUCACCAUGGACUUUUUUUCCGAGUUUGCCUGGAUCAUUUACUGAAUAACGUCAUCUUCGUUAGCAACCAUAAGUUGUUAAAGUUAGGCAAGCGUCAUGACUAGUUUAUUGAAGCUAACGUUUUAAGCGUUAGACCCAGCUGGGGUACAGCUUUUAUGUGAAGUCAGCCCUGCUUCUAUGCACUGAUAGCUCGCUGAAUAGUCAACUGCGAGGUGCCGGGAUUGGUUAAUUUAUAAGGUGUAUAUCCUUAACUUUCUCUGUCAGAUAUGGCAUUAGUAAAAAACAAUGCAAAGAUAGGAAGUUUAAUUGCUGUUGAAUUAUGCAGAAUACGAAAAUUAAAAGAGAAGAAAGCUGUGGUAAGCUAUAACAACGUGAUAGCUACACUGUCAUUGAUUCCAUUGGCCCGAGUGUCUGUUUGAUUAAGGAUGCUUUUCACUUACGACGGAGUCAGUGUCAUAAUCAGAAGCGUAGAGCGAUACGAUUUAAUAGAAAUCAGACCAACAGGAUCGGUAGAAAAAUAUCGGUGCUUCUCACGAUUCCGUCGCCUACGAUUCAGUGGAAACUGGAUUGUCGGAGUCAUAAACCUUUGGAUGGCCUGAAAACUGGCAUAACGAUUGGUUGCUUCUUCCGCUUCUGCAUGCGACGCCGACAAUCUUGCUGUCGCUGAGUCAUAAGAGUCAUUGGAGUCUUGAAUGGAAUCGCAAGAAAAUAUAACCGUUCUGAUUCUCCAGGUCCGAUUCUAUGUAGCUCAAUACUUCUCCGAGGACUCCGAUUUUCGAUGUUUGCUGGGUCGGAAACACUCUUGCGACUCCGACUCCGUCUCGAGUGAAAAUCAGCCUUUAUAAUCAUCAACAAUGUCUAGAUACGAUUUGUGCCCAAGCCGUAGCGGCUUUUGUGAUCCAGAACAGAAGAAACACAACAAAAAGGAAUCCUCUUUUUUCCAUAAAUUAUCGACGAACAGAAAUGUAAGAUGAAGGAUUUUGUUUGUUGCUUCACAGGAAUCACAAGGCAAAGUGCCAGGCUUUCCAGAUUCAACCAGAGAUUGGAACCGGCAAAGGAGACCAGUGAGUCGUCAAUAGUAAAUAUGAAUAGUCAAAUUUGGAAGCGAAUAUUGUAGAGCCACAGAAUUCUGUUCACGGCAAACCAGUCAGUGUCAAUUUCUUGUGGAUUACUUUUUAAAGUUUAAUUUAACUGGGCAAUGUGAAGAAGUGUAUAAGUUCAAAGAGGCCUAAGCGGUUUACAGCUAACGGUUAUGUUUUGUCACAAUUGACGAUUAGAUUAAUAAGUUUUGUUCACGCCUCACCCAACGGUUAAUUUUUCAGCCUUUUUGCAACUAACAGUUAAACACCAUUAAGACUCACUAUUUCAGAAGUGACCAGAAUCAACUAAAUUGAAUACUUAAACUAUGAUAAAACUCGAACGAGAAGGCAAAUGGAGAAUGAAUAAGCAUGAUUGAGUGGGAUAGAAGAGAAUUUUGGGGUUAAUUUCAAAACUGACGUCCUGACCUUUUUAGUUUAUCUUUGUAAGUAUGAAAACGCUGUCAUAACACUUAAACUGAAAUGAUCUUGCUUAGUUACUUUGCAUCCAAAAGCUCUGUUUUCUGCUGAGGUGACAAUCUAUUUGGCCUUGUCCGUUCAAAAAAUCACCGGUUGAUAUUUGUAAAAUAAUGCGCAUACACGAAUUUUCAACUCUUCAAGACGAUUUCAUUCGUGAACGUCCCGCUAAAUACAUCAAAACAUCAAAGGAAAACUACGCAUCUGAAAAAGGACGAGGUUUCUUCAACACGCAUCACGUGAUAAUCACGAGAUCUGGUGACGCUACACAUGCGUUACAUUUCGUGACAUACUCUCCUGCAAGCGUUACAUUUCGAGAAAUUCUACAAUACUUUUUCAUUCCCGUUUUUUUUCUUUUCUUGGUCACGUUCUUUUCUAGGUUGUGAUCGGUGGAUCCAAUGUAGAUUUUAUCGCGACGGCAGAAAGCAUUGUGGUAAGUACGGUAAUAAAUUCAAAACAGAUAUCAAUUAGAUAUAAUUGAAUUUACACAGACCGACAGACAAACAAAAAGAUUUUUAAACUCUUUUCACCCUAACAUCGGUAUCCAUAUUCUCCUUACUGUUCUCAAUGAAUUUCCUACGGUUCUGACGAGAAGGAUUUGUUCAGCAAUGAAGAGGUUCUAUAGUUGGUGAUCAUUUCCUUUAUUCUCGUGACCUCAAUGUCUGAUUCAGUGGUGAUAAUGUAACGAGAAAUUAGAUGCUAGUCACUCGUAGGUGUCAUGGGGUUAAGUGUGCCAUCACUUAAGUUUUAAGGGUUUUUGCAGGUGUAUGAAAGAACUGUUUAUGUUUAUGGACUGGAUUUAAAUCGCAUAGUAACAUAUCUUCUUUACACAGCUUGAAGCGUCUAAUCCUGGAAAAGUAAGGAUGAGUUUCGGUGGAGUUGGAAGAAAUAUGGCAGGUAUUCCUUUGUUUUACGUAAUAGUAGCACCAGUCACCUUUGUAGGCGUUUUGUGGCAUGUCACGCAACGCUCCCCUUUAAAAGGAAGUUAGGGGAGGGAUCGUAACGUGACAUCUCAACGUUUUAGAUAAGUUCGGAUGCAUUGAAGUUCUCUUCCACAAUUGAGAAUGACAAGUAAACAGAAGCCUGCUCUUUAAAGAAUUCAGUUUAAAACUGCUAUACACACCUGCCUCGAUACAAAAUCUAAUUUUUAAUUCUCUCUUCCAGCUUUUUACACAAAUCCUGGCUAAAAAGUUAAGCGAAUUUGAUGUUAGAUCAAGAUAGCAUUUUUUUCCUUGAUAAGAUUGUGUAUUCUCAUUCGCCCUUUGCUGGAUAGUGUAUGUAUAUUAGAGGGAAGAAGUUUCAUGUUAAUCACUUCUGGGAGUUAAAGAGUUAAUGAGUUCGUUAAUUCCGCUCUUCGUAACUCUGCCUUACUCACCCCGGUGUUAUGUUGAUUGAGGCCUAUUUUGCACGUUUUAGAUUAACGUUUAGCGUGCAAUGUAUUUGUAAUCGUCCAAGAUAUAACAGUGUAAAGGUUGGUUGCCUUUUAAUCUUAAGAUUGAAUUCAAACAUUAAAAAUCCUACUGUGAUGGUUUUUGUUUGUUUGUUUGUUUUUUUCUGCAUCAAAGCUGCAGUUAAAACGGUGAAAUAUAGUUUGCUCUUCAAUUCAACAGAAUGCCUGGCUCGUCUUGGCAUGAGGCCGUUGUUCGUGUCAUCCAUAGGAAGCGAUCCUCUGGGAGCUAUGCUGCUAAAACACUGUGAAGAAGCUAGAAUGGUACAUCUCUUUUGGGUCAUGAAAGCAAGAGUUUUCUUUGUUCCAGGCUCGUGACAAGACGGCUCCCUUAAAAUAUUGGAUUUAUUCGUAGAACAGAUCGACGUGGGAAUGAAGUUUCUAUAGCAAUAAGACUACAUCUGAACACUGGGACAGUAGCAAAGAAAUUAUUAGAAAUUGCUUUUCCCCAUUCCCUCUUCCCACCGUCCACUUUAAUUCUACAUCAAACAUACCUGGUUGACUAAACCAUCGUGAGCUUGUGACGUUAGCUUGAGACAAUGUUGUGCUGACUGUGCUAUACUUAGAAAAAUUAGGUCAUACCAAUUAACAACCCUUCCCCUCAAGUUACGUGCAUGCUAUUACUUCCCUGUAAGCAAUUUAUUGUUUUUAAAUUGUUCUUUGGUUCUUAGGUUACACGUGGCAUAUACACCUCUAAGGUGAAUCACACUGGUACGUACUCGGCGAUACUGAGUCAAAAUGACGACUUUCACGCGGCAGUUGGUGACAUGGACAUUCAUAAAGUUAUCAGUCCUGAUCAUGUAAGAUACUGUUGGUUGAACUAUAGUGAGGACUAUAGAUUUCUUCAUUAGUUCCAUUACGUCUGCCCCUCAGAUGUGACUAGUUAUUUUACCCACAACCGUAGACUUAUGCAAGGGCAGAACCAGGAAUAUUUGAUAGGGAAGAGGAGUCCAAACAAUUUUUUUUCUAAUGCUUUAACCUUAGUAGGCUACUAAUUUUUCAAAAUAAGUAAAUAAUGAAUACUUGAUAUUUAGUAGUAACGUAGAAACGUAGUAAGGGUUCGCCAAUGUGAAGUUGUGGGACACCCCUGCUAAGAACUUAAAGAUAAAGGGUUCUUUUUGCCUUUAAAUAAUUUUAUCCUCCCCCCCCCUUUCCCCCGGCACACCCCCCCCCCCAUGUUGAUUUCAACUUUUUUUAUUAUUACUUUUGCUGAAGGGCGGAAUGGGUUUAUCAUAUUUUUUCAACACCGAAAUCAAGAUAUUUAGAGGUAUGAAGAAUGAACCUUUUGAGCGUGUCUUUCGAAGGUUUCCCCAUGGAGGUAUGGCCCCGAUUGUACGUCAACUACUCAGUCCUAUGUGGGCAGGUUAAGUUACUCCUCAGAUAAGCAAGUAAUUUCAGCAUGUUCUUAAACGCUUUCUUUAUUUUUUGAACAUAUUUGUUAGAUUGCAGCCUUCGAGGAACCCAUUAAACAUGCACCUUUGGUAAUGCUGGAUGGCAAUAUUACUGAAGAAGCUAUCGAUCAUGCGUGUUACUUCUGUGCAGCUAACCACAUACCAGGUACCACAUUGCUAAGGCUGAGUAUAGAGUACGAUUUAAUGAAUUCGAUUUACCAAUAAACGUGGCGGUCAUGAAUUAAUAGUCGACAUGUGCUGUAGAUGGAGGGUGAAGAUUUAAUGUAAGAUCUUAGAUUGACGGUGAGUUAGUAACUAACCAGGUGACGACAUUACUAAAAAAAGCUGUUGGUCAGGCGCGUCACCCCUGUGCAGCUAACCACAUACCAGGUACCACAAUGCUAAUGCUGAGUGUAGAGAUUGGUUUAAUGACUUUGGUCUUCUACUAUAUUGUGACGGUCAUGAAAGAAUAAACGACAUGUACUGUAGAUAUAAGGUGAAGAUGUAGUGUGGGAUCUUAGAUUGACGGUAAGCUAAUCUCAGUUAUUUGUAGUUAGCUGUUUUUUGAAAGUGCAUGUACAGUGGAUGUCAUGGAUAUUUCAAGGAUAGCAGAUAACGGACUAAUUCCUUCCCUGUCAUUUCCCCGAAAACCCUCCUGAUACAGAACUUGUAAAACCGCUUCUUUAUUAAUUGCGUUGUUAUUUAGUGUGGUUUGAACCAACGUGCAUCAUGAAAGCCGAGAAACCCUUUCGUAGUGACGCGUGGCACAACAUAACAUACAUAUCACCUAAUCUAAAAGAGCUUCGAACCAUGAGCUCUGCCAUAAUGAACGACGAACUACAGAAAUCAAAUCUUCCACCACACAUCACAAAGGAUGAUAAAGAGAAAGAUCGACCACUAGAAGAUAUUAUAACCGAGUGUUUGCACCUUUGCAAGCCACUUUUAAAGCAUAUUCAUUGCAUCAUCGUGACACUUGGCAAGCAUGGUGCCUUAAUCUGUAGAGACACUUCCGCUGACACUCCAUUUCCAACGGCUCACCACAUGAGUCGGGUAUCUGCGGCGCGGCAACACAGUUUGGUGUCAGCGCAGUAUUUUCCCGCCGUAGGCCCAGGAAGUCAUGUGCCAGGGGGAAACGUCACUGGUGCAGGUGACAGGUGAGAUUGGAUGAUUGAUCUUGGGGGGAAAUAGAAUUUAUAGACAGAGCACAGUGCGAAGGAGAGCCGCCUUCCCCUGUAUUUCAUAUUAUUUAGCAACUUUAUUUCGUUCAUGGUCAUUCCCUUGAAAUGAGAAACUGCUGAGAUUUAGUUGAAAAAUAGAAUUCUGAGAUAAAAGCAAAGAUGCUUGUAGCCUGCGAGUAGCCGUACCCACCCCUCUCAAGGUGAAAUGGAAGGUAUCCGUUUCACCUUGGGAUGGAUGGUACGGCUACUCGUAGGCUAGGAUGCCUGUUGUAAUCUCGUAGAGGUAGCAUCACCUAAAAGAAAACGUUGCCAUUUUUUUCUGGGUGUGCGUGCUUAUCUCAUGCGGAUGCACAUCGUAUUACUAAGAAAGGCACACAAACAGCACGUGAAAUUUAAAAACAUGGAAUUUAUGGAUACGGUCGUGGGCCAUUUUACGACCUAGGUAUUUGGUGCCCAAGAAAAAUGCCGUUGAAUAAAGACUCAUUGAAUAUGUCCACUGACCAGUCGAUGUUGUUUUUAUGUUUCAGUUUUGCAGCAGCAAUGGCUUCGUGUAUUAUUCAAGGACACUCUCCGGUCAUCUGUGUAAAGGCUGGUAUAUUAGCAGCCCAAUAUUCUCUGCAAUCGCAAGAUGCCAUUUCUCCGGCUGUUUUCCCAGAGAACUUUACCCCUGAAAAUGUUGAAUCCUGUAUACCAUGGGACGCGAAUGAUAUAAAUAUGGACAUUUUUUAGCAUUCACUUAAUUGGUGAACAUUUCGGGGUUAGCACGUUACUGGAAUACGUCCUGAACGUUUCUUGUGUGCAUCCGUGCGUGCGCGAAAUUGAUUGAUGUCUCGUAAAACUAGUUUGACUGGUUGGUCUUAGGACAGUGGUCCUGUUCUGAAUGACUACUUAAUUGGCUUCAGAGCUUGGAUUAUUUUAAAAUAGUUGUUGUCAGUAAAUCACUUUCUUGACUUGUGUGUUUUGCGUGACGUGCGAGAUUUGCGUGACGCUGAUACUGAAUGACGUGAAGUGGUGUUACAUUUUAUCACAGACGUCAGUGAUCUUCCCUUGCACUGUAAUGAAAUGCCAGUGAAAUUCGCUCAACGACAGACGUGGACUAACGGAAACUCUCAGAGAUAUGGAAGUACCACAUAAUUUGAAUGUGGGGAAAAUAAUGCAAGAAACCAUUUUCAAGGAAGUUAUGAAGUGUUUCUUACGCGAAUCGUAAUCUAAAGUUUUGAAACAUCUUAUCACCUCUUCAUCACCUAAAUGGAGAUUAAGCUAGGAUUUUACUUAAAGUAAGGUGCGAGUCUUGUUUACAGUCAGAUUGUUUGAUGGUCAGAUCUUUUCCAAUAGAUCGUCAGACACUAUAGUUAGAUCUUCAUUGGAUCAUUUCUAUACAUCAAUUACUUUCAGCGCUAUAAGUUUGUGCCAUCAUUCCCGUUACCUUGUAAUACUAAAAAGUGUUUGCUUUUACCCUAAUGAUUCGAUUAAUUCCCCUUGUUCCAACAAGCGCCCUCCUCGAAUUGGUCUUUGUGAAUGAGCGCCCCUACACCACUAAGCGCCCCUAUUGAGUCAUUCAUGGUAAUAUACCUUGGAAUCGUCGAAGCAAACAGUUUAAGUAGACAAUUAACCUUGCAAUCCUCAGCGACCACACAUCAGCUUCAUUAGCAGGUGGGUGCAAAGGAAGAAAAUUCUAAUUACAGUUCGGAGUUAAGAACCUCUCUUAGCAUUCAUUGCGCAAAGAUGAGUUUACCAAAUGUAGUGUCGUCGUGUCAAAAAAGCCAAUUGUUCUUUCUCCCCUCUGUGCCGCUGUCACUGGAGUCUGGGCUUUUGCUAUUUUUAGUUUCCUAUACAUUUUCGCGUUCCUAAUGCAUUUUUA